AUGGGCAACCGAUGGAGUCGAAAAGCUGAUCAUGUCGAGUUGAAUUUCGAAAAUGCUGUCAAUCGACCCGAUGAAACGGGGAAAUGGUUGAAAUUUGUGGUAAUCUCCGAUACGCACUGUCAAAUGGAUCAGUUGAUGGCGAAAAUCCCGGACGGCGAUGUGCUCGUUCAUUGUGGCGAUUUUACGAAUUCUGGAGGCGAAGAGGCGGUCCGCGAAUUCAACGAACAACUCGAGAAGUUGCCUCAUCGAUACAAAAUCGUUGUGCCCGGGAAUCAUGACACCGAUUUUGAUACAAGAGAAAAAUACAGGUAUAUUGAGGGAAUCAAAAUCUACGGCAGUCCGUGGAUUCCCCUUUGUGGAGACGCAACUUUUUACGUGCCAGCUGGAGAGGAAAUGCAAGAGAAAUGGGCAAAGAUCCCCGAGGAUCUAGAUAUUUUGAUCACACAUGGACCACCAUUAGGCUAUUUGGAUCGAAGUGAACGAGGCGAGCAUUGCGGCGAUGCUGAUCUUCUCGAUGCGGUUCAGCUGAAAAAUCCAAAGUAUCACCUAUUUGGGCACAUUCACGAGAGGUAUGGAGCGAUGACGAAUGGAAAAACGACUUUCAUAAACGCCGCUCAAUGUACUUUAUGGGGAAAGAUUUGUCGGCUACCGAUUGUAUUUUAUAUGAAAGUACCCGAUGGAAACGAUGGCUCAACUUGGAAAAGCUAUACGAAAUUUGAGGAAAUCGACAAG